AUGGGGCCAUCAGUGACCGUGUCUAGAUUCAGAAGAAAGGUCAUCGGUUCGGGGCUGUGGGGGUUCGGGGUGAGAGAGGAUCGUGGUGGCUGGAGUUUCGGUAGUGGGCUUGAGGAGUGGCUGGGCAAUGGGUUAAUCGGCGGGUUUAUGGGGGUGGAGUUGCAGUGGGCUAGUGGGUUUUUGCAGGGUGGAGGGGUUGUUAUAGGCGACGGCAUGGCUGGGUAA